AUGGUUGUUGAUUCACGUUUAUAUACAAUAUUAGGAGUUUCACCAACAGCAAGUCGUAAAGAAAUCAGGAAGGCUUUCAUGAAGAAAGCGCAAGAAACUCAUCCUGAUAAAAAUCCAAAUGAUCCUACAGCAACAGAGCGUUUUCAAGAAUUAAACGAAGCAUACAACAUAUUAAAAGACGAGAUAAAACGUGCCCAAUACGACAAAUUCGGCAUGGGAUCAUUUAACAAAAAUUAUGAUUAUUUCAAUACUUUCUUCGCAAGGAUUUUUGGAACAUUCGAAAGCUUUAAUACGUACUUUAGUCCAACACGUACUCGACCAAGGACAAAAGAUUUGGAAAUUGAGUUUAAAUGUUCGUUAGAAGUUUUGUAUACAGGCAGAGUUCAUAAUUACAAGCUUACAAGGAACGUUAUAUGCUCAAGUUGUCAAGGUUAUGGGACUAAGAAUGGUAGAAAGCCACCAAAAUGCAGUUUUUGUGAUGGAACUGGGCAAAUCCAUAAUAUUACAAAUCGCGGGUCAAUUUUAGCAGAUGCUACAGUAACAUGCCCAAAUUGCUUUGGAACAGGCAUAAAGAAAUCAAGAUCAGACAUGUGCCCAAAAUGCGAAGGUCAUAAAGUCAUCAAAACAACAGAGAACAUACCAGUUACGAUCCUCCCUGGCAUGAAAUCAGGUAAUGUCAUAAUCAUACCCGAAAAAUCCAACCAAUUACCAGAACAUGAUACAGGAGAUUUGAUACUUAGAAUUAUCGAGAAGCCACAUGAGAAAUUCAAACGAAACAAAGAUAACCUAAUGCUACACCAUACUCUAACGCUUACGGAAGCCCUUUCUGGCUACAAUUUGAAGGUAGAAACUUUGGAUGGAAGAUUUCUUGACAUUGCUCAGCACGAGAAGACAACAAGGAAUGGAGAUAUAGUUAGAAUACCAGGAGAAGGAAUGCCAAUCCAGAAAACUAAUGGAGAAAAAGGAGAUUUAUUUAUUAAAUUUUCUGUCAAUUUGCCUGACAGAGAAAAUGUUCCAAAAGAGGUUUUAGAGGCACUAAAUCUAUAUAUGCCUCCAGAAAAACCCGAUUUCAGCAAUUGCCAGCUUAUUAAGAAAAUUCUUCCAAAAAUUUCAUCAGAAGACGAAUACAAUAGAUCAACUCACAGAGAAGAAUACAAUAGUUCAAGUGAUAACUCACAAUCUCGUACAGAUGAUGGUUGUAGAAUUGGAUAA